AGCAGUUGCCACCUCAUUCUCUCACCGUCAUCAACCUUUCGUUCGAGGAUGCACGAGGGCGAUGCAACCGGAUCCGUGCUAGUCUAGUGUUUUGGCGGCUAAUCCCUUCUUACAGCGGCGACAUCUCAAGAUCUGGUGAACCCAGGGACUCACGAAUCAACGGCGACUCGUCUCCAACUUCAGCGGUGUAUCGGAAUCGUCUCUUUAAAGGCAGCUGUCCAAUAUUACCCACGAACUAGCGACGUAGUUCGCGACGGCCCUCUCUCUUCGGCGGCGUCGUAAUCCUCUGUUCCAGCGGCAUUUUUGGAGAUCGAGUUAUUCUUAGAGGUGUUUACCGCUGUAGUUCUAGUUCUAGUUCUAGUUCAGUUUGUUUCGGCGUUAAUCCUGGUGGUGGGAUGUAGCUUCGCUAUUCGAUUUUGCUGUCCAAUAUAUGAAGAAGGGCCGCAGUGGCUUUUUUUGAUGCUUCGAAAGGGGGCGUGGGCCGUAGGCGAAUAGGUCGUUUAUAAGCUAUUGUCUACUUCUCUUAUGAUAUGCAUCUUUCUAAAGAGCCUUCCUGCUUGUCAUUACCAAUUUUCUUCUGACAAUUUUGGAUGUUAGGUAGGUGCUCAAUAAAAAUUUGUGCUUUUGAGUAAUAAUCAUUCUUCUGCAGCGCUGGUAUGGACAGUAAGUACAUCAGAGAGUCGUCAGAUGAGGAUGAAGUGAAAAAGAAAACAGAUAGACACCGCCAUAGUAGUAGAAAAAGUGAUAUCGGACAGCGUGGUUGUCAUGAAGAUGAUAGUGAUUCUAAUGAUGCCAGGGAAGAAUAUGGAAGUAGAUGGCAUGAGUCGAAAGAUGCGUACAGUGAUGAAGACCAGACUAAAGUAAGAAUUAGUGAGAAAAAUGAUGGCCGCAUACAUGAACGGUGGCAAAGUGAAGAUGGCAGAAAGAAUGCAUCUAGACAAAGUCCUGGUGAACGUUACGAGAGAAUAGACAGAGACAGAAACAGGCAUGAUAGAUACGAAAGGCGUCAAGGUGACAAUAAGCGUAGAGAACCAGAGAGAGGAGACCAGAAAGAACCCCUUCAAAAUAUAGAUAAGGAUGAGCAGAGAAUGGACAGAGAUAAAAACAGGCACAAUAGAAAUAGAAUGCAUCAUAAUGAAAAUCAUCAGAGAGAACAAGAGAGAGUAGACCGGAAAGAAUCAUACCGAAGUUCUGAUGACAAUGAGCAGCGAGAUGAUAAAGACAAAGAUAAAAAAAAGCACGAUAGAGAUGGAAGGCAUCAAGGUAAAAAUCUGCGAGAAGAUAGAGGAGAUAGGAACGAGUCAUAUCAAAGUUUUGGUGAAAAUGAAGAGAGAAUGGAUAGAGACAAAAACAGACAUGAUAGAGACAGAAGGCAUCGUGGUGAAAAUCGGCAUAAUAGAGAACAAGAGAGAGGAGACCGAAAAAAGUCUUAUACAAGUUCUGAUGAAGACGAGCAGCAAGAAAGGAGGCAUGACCAUAGACGACGUGAAUCUGAGAAUGGAAAUAAAAAUAUGGAUCGCCAUGAUUCAAAAGAUGAGCGUGUCAAGGCAUUGCAUAGAAAAUCAGAACAUGGCAGGAAUUGGAGUGACAAUGAUAGGGAGAAGAAGCAUUCAAAACAUGAUUACAAGUACAGAAAUUCUCAAGAUCUACGAGAUAAGGAGGUGAAUGAACAGAGAGAGGAUCGUAGAAACAUUGGGGAGAAAGAAAAGGCUGGCACGCGGACUCUUGACCAUCCACAACCUCACAGACAAGAAAAACAGCCUGAGAACAAUUUGAAUUCCGAUGCUUCAAAUCUGGGUAAGAGUGGUGGGGUUUAUAUUCCACCAUUUAAGUUGGCCAGAAUGAUGAAGGAGGUCCAAGAUAAGAGCAGCGUUGAGUAUCAACGUUUGACAUGGGAUGCACUCCGGAAAAGUAUCAAUGGACUUGUCAACAAGGUCAAUGCUACUAACAUAAAGAAUAUCAUUCCAGAGUUAUUUGCAGAGAACCUGAUCAGGGGCAGGGGUUUAUUCUGCCGUUCCUGUAUGAAGUCACAAAUGGCAUCUCCAGGGUUCACCGAUGUAUUUGCUGCAUUGGUUUCUGUUGUAAAUACUAAGUUUCCAGAAGUGGGCGAUCUUCUUUUGAGAAGAAUUGUCUUGCAACUCAAAAGAGCAUAUAAACGGAAUGAUAAGCCUCAACUACUAGCUGCUGUAAAAUUUAUAGCACAUUUAGUUAAUCAGCAGGUGGCUCAUGAAAUAAUUGCAUUAGAACUACUCACUGUCUUGCUGGAGAACCCUACGGAUAACAGCGUGGAGGUGGCUGUUGGUUUUGUAACUGAGUGUGGAUCAAUACUACAGGAUUUUUCUCCUAAAGGGCUUCAUGGAAUAUUUGAGCGGUUUCGCGGAAUUCUUCAUGAAGGGGAAAUAGACAAAAGGGUUCAGUUUCUGAUUGAAGGCCUAUUUGCAAUAAGGAAAGCUAAGUUUGAGGGCUAUCCAGCUGUUCGUCCAGAAUUGGACCUUGUGGAGCAAGAAGAUCAGUUAACUCAUGAAAUUUCCCUGCAAGAAGAGAUAGAUCCUGAGAUUGCUCUUGAUAUCUUCAAAUCUGAUCCAAAUUUCCUCGAAAACGAGAAGCGUUAUGAGGAUUUGAAGAAAAAUAUACUUGGUGAGGAAUCUGAGGAUGAAGAAGACCGAUCUGAUGCUGGAUCGGAUGAUGAAGAGGAUGAGGAUGAGGAAAAUGAUUCUGAAGAAGAAGAUGAGGAGCAGAUGCAAAUAAAUGAUGAAACAGAGACUAAUCUUGUGAACCUCAGAAGGACAAUUUAUCUGACAAUUAUGUCCAGUGUGGACUUUGAGGAGGCUGGGCAUAAGCUUUUAAAAAUUAAACUCGAGCCUGGUCAAGAAAUAGAGUUGUGCGUCAUGUUGUUGGAAUGUUGCAGUCAGGAAAGAACUUACCUUCGAUAUUAUGGUCUGUUGGGGCAGAGAUUUUGUAAGAUCAACAAAGUCCAUCAGGAAAAUUUUGAGAAAUGCUUUGUCCAGCAGUACUCGAUGAUUCAUAGGCUUGAAACUAAUAAGCUCAGAAAUGUGGCUAAAUUUUUUGCCCACCUACUCGGCACUGAUGCUCUUCCAUGGCAUGUCUUGUCUUACAUUCGAUUGACUGAAGAAGACACCACAUCUUCAUCUAGGAUUUUUAUUAAGAUCCUUUUCCAGGAACUUUCAGAGCAUUUGGGCAUUCGACUAUUGAACGAACGUCUCAAUGACCCGACAAUGCAGGAUUCGUUUGAAUCUAUUUUCCCCAGGGAUAACCCAAAGAACACAAGAUUUUCCAUUAACUUCUUCACGUCUAUUGGGCUUGGUGGUCUGACUGAGAAUUUGCGGGAGUAUUUGAAGAAUAUGCCACGGCUAAUCAUGCAACAACAAAAACCAGUGUCGGACUCCGAUGAGGAAUCUGGAAGUUCUGAUUCGUCGGGGUCAGAUUCAAGUACUAAACAGUCGGAAUCAGAUUCGUCAAGCUCGGAGGAAAGCGAAGGCGAAGAUAGGAGGCGUGGAAAAAAGAGGAGGAAAACAGGAAGGUGAUAGAUUAAUGAAGGAGGCGCUUAAACUGAACGCAAUGGUAAGGUCGCCAUUGUUGGGACUGAACAGUAACACUUUUGUUUACUAUCUUUUUUGAAAAGUAUCGUAUCGGGGAGGUGGUGUUCACGAUCUGUUGAAUAAAGUAGAGAUGCCCCAACCCAAUAUUGGGCAAUCUUUUAUAUCA